UGUAGUCUCUCAACCCCGGCUUGAGCCCUCACUUCCUGCAGGCACUUCGGGGCCGCUUGGACUACAAGCCCCAGAGGGCCCCGCGGCCCCGGCCACUUCCCUCGCCCCGCCUGCCGACCCCGCUGUGUGUUUUCUUCCUGAGACCUGAGGGGAGGCGAGGGGAGGGGAGCGGAGCAAAGUAGCGGCUUUCGGAGCAGGAGUGCUGAACAAUGUCAGAAGAACCACCACCUCCGUAUCCUGGGGGGUCUUCUGCUCCAUUACUUGAAGAGAAACCAGGACAGCCACCAUCGACAGUGCAUAUGCCACCUACUACUCAAACCCAUGGAUAUUCCAUCCCACCAGAUGGUGGACCACCCCCUUAUGAGCCAAUGGCGCAACCAGGAUUUGUACCUCUCCACACACCAGCAGAAGGUGGCAUGCCCACACCGCCGCAUGGUUACUACCCAACAGCUGGACAUUACCCACCGCCAGGCCAUUAUGUACCCCCAGGCCACUAUCCUCCCCCUCCUGGACACUAUGUUCCUCCAAGUGGACAAACAGCAACUGUUAUAGUCCCCCCAGGUGCUGCAACAACAGUGACAGUGCUGCAAGGGGAGAUGUUUCAAGCUGCACCAGUGCAGACCAUGUGCCCUCACUGUCAGCAGACUAUCACAACUAGGAUCACUUAUGAAGUCGGCUUACUGAAUACUUUGUUUUGCCUCUUCUGUUGUUUUGUGGGGUGUGAUUUGGGCUGCUGCUUAAUCCCCUGCUUGAUAGAUGAUCUGAAGGAUGUGAUUCACACUUGUCCAAAUUGUAAAGCUUACAUAUACACAUACAAGCGGGUAUGCUAACAAACAUCCUGAUCCUGUCUGAGAAGCGUUGGAAUAAGUUUAAAAUGGCCGACUUAAAUUGUUCACUUUUUAGUUCAAUUCAAAUGUUAUGAUCUAAAUGAUUGUGAUAUUUACAGCAUAUACUGUGCUGUAUUUACAAGCAACUGUGAAUGCCUUACUUGCAGAACAUAUUAUUUUGAAAAAUUUUACCUAUGUAUAAUUUUGUGUAAACAGUAUAAAUGUCAUACCCAACUUAAAAUAGCUUUCCAACUUUUGAAGCUCCCUGUGCAUAGUUAUCUUUAAGAUGGUGAUUGGUUUUGAAUCUUUAGUAUUUAUAUAUGCAUAUUUGGUCAUUGUGCUGAUGGUGUUAAGAACUAAGGGAAAAUAACUGGUUCCAUCCCAAAACAUUGCACCAAUGAUAUUUUUGUGAUGCAUUGUUUAUUUUUCAAUAUGCAAUUUGAUAAAUCAUGAAUAUGUUGUGUAGAAAUUAUCACAGGCAUGUGGCUUUAUACUUGAAACCCCAGGGAAAAUAUAACUUUAUCUUCUUGUUCCUAAAGCCUCUUGAUGGAAUCAUAUGCACGAACCUGUUUUGUAAUAUUAUUUGCAUUUCAGUAAUUUUACACUUGCAUCCUAAUGAAGUUUUAGUUUUAUUUAGAAACCCAUCCUGGUACAGAUCUCUAAAGACAACAUUUUGAAGUUGGUAUGUAGAUUAUUGAGAAAGGUACCAUAGGAACAAUGAAGGCAUGAUUUAGAAGGCAGUAUUUAAUUUUGAAGUAAAAUAUCUUGCUAAAAUGUGAAUUUAAUACUUGUCAGUUGAUUGUUGCCAGACUGCAAGUUUUAAACAAUAGUUCACAAAGGUCUAAGCUGUGACAAAUGACUUUGACUGUAGUAACGUUGCAAUGAUAGUCAGUCAAGUCCUUUUUAACCCAAAUGGUGGAGCUUGUACAGCAGCAUUUCUAAAAAUUGUUUGAAAGACUAAUUAUGCAGAGCUUAGACUUUGUGGAUCAAUAAAGCUCGGUUUUGUCUGUUACAGUACAGAACUGUACCAGGAUUUCAUGUUCUUUAUACUAACAUUUUGAAACAUUGUACAGUGCAGAAAUCUUGGAUGUAUAUUCAGAAUGUAAUAUUAUACUGCUUGUGUAAUUUUUGGCAGCUUGCAAUUGCCUUUGCUGAGAACUUAAAUGCAGCAUAUGUGAAUCUACCACUUUGCUCCAGUAUAAUUGCAGAGAAUUGUUACAAUGUAUUCUGCUUUGAAAGCAAAUGAAGGCAACACAAGAAUUUAAUAGAAAAUGUAUUUAUCUUUAAGUAGUCGCUGGAGCCCAUGUGUGGCCAGUCUUUCUUCCAGUACUUUGUUUUAAUGUGCCUGUUAUUUAUCAUAAAAUUAGCAUUUAAAGGUAAUCAGUAUUAUUAGAUGUGGCUGUUGUUGACAGAUAAAGAAACAUCAUUAUUUUAGAUAUCAGCAAUGUUUCAACCAGUCCUGGUGUCUCAAUUCGGAUUGCUAUAAAGACCAACAACAGGAGGGCAAAACACUCUUCCUCUAUCACAAGAUCCAGAAUGCAGGAAGGUUGGACAUUUAAGAAACCUUUAUAGUGACAGUGGCAAUAACUAGACAUGUGUAAAUCUUACCUUUUUUUUUUCAAGUUAUCAAAUGAAACUAAAUGUACAUGCAGUUGUUCUCCAAUUAUGUUUGGUCAAUUGAAGUGCAUCACUCUGAAAGGGUACCAUACAGGUUAUCUACUCAAGGUGGGGAAGCAGUCUCUUUUUUUUUUUAGGCCACUUCUCAUCGUUAAUGCAUUUUAAUGAAAUCUGUUGGUUGUGAAAAGGCAAAACAUCUAUUUAACACACAUUUUAGUCAUCCUGAUCUUACUGAUUUGUUGGAGACUACAUAAGUGGGAGAGAUUUUAAUUAAUUAUCCAUACUGUGUCUUAAAAAUACUGUAUUAUAUUAACUCUUUUUCACAAAGAUGCUGCCUGGGUAACUUAAACACAACAUUCCUUAAAGGUUAAUUUACAUAAUUGUAAAAUACAUGAUUUUUUAAGUUUUGGUUUUUUGAGUUUAAGAAUUCCACUUAAUUAACUAUUACUUUCCUUGCACUUAUACACCUAGCAAUACAAUUGAAUCCACAAACACGGUAAUUUGGCUUGCACUAAUUCCUUUUUUAAAGACAUUCAAAGAUAACGUGAAUAAUUUACUUGCCUUCAUCACCUUUCACAUAGCACAAGCCAGGAAAAAGGAUUGGUUGAGUAUUGGUUAUAUAAUAAAUUACCUGAUUUGAGUUGAAAUCUUAAACAUCUCUUGUAUCGAUCUCCUUUAGUGUUCUAAGUGAUUAUAUGGACAUGUUUGCAAAUCUGUUCCAGAAGCAUUCUUUGUGCAAUUGCCACUUGUUUUUCAAUUAAAACAAAGUUCUUGCUGGAAAUAUCUUUUAAUGGCUAUUUUCUGUAACUCAAACCACUAUUGGUUGAGACAGCUUUUGUGUGCAACCUGAUUAAACAUUCCUACAAUGUACACGCAUUAUCUUGUGUCAAAAAUGGGUAUAUAUAAGUUGGAGAUUAAUAAAUGCUAAUGGCACAAUUUUGAUGUGAA